UGAAAUCUCUUGUUCCUUAUCUUUUCUUAGAUUGAUCUGUAUGCCCUCUGCCCUUUUUCUCUCUGCUCCCCUGAAGACAGAGAGCGCAUGGCAGCCACACUCAGCCUACUGAAAUUCCCGAUUGUACCGCAAAAGACACACCAUCCACAAUCCAAACUGCCAGUUCUUUCAAAACCAUCAAAGCAUAUUAUCUCCAAUGAGUCAAUUAACCCUCCAAAACUCAUCACUGAAACCAUUAAUCACUUAAAAUCAGCUUCUCUUCCCCUUACAACGCUUGCAUUGCCCUUCUUCUUAGGUACAAAGGAGGCUCUUGCUGUUAAUGGAGAGUUUGGGAUUUUGGAGGGUAGAAGUUUUGCACUUAUACACCCCAUUGUCAUGGGUAGUUUGUUCUUUUACACUUUGUGGGCUGGGUACUUGGGUUGGCAAUGGAGGCGAGUCAGGACCGUCCAGACCGAGAUUAAUGAGCUCAAGAAACAAGUGAAGCCCAAUCCAGUAACCCCGGAAGGGAAACCAGUGGAAGCAGCUCCAUCUUCCGUGGAAUUCAAGAUUCAGCAGCUCACUGAGGAGAGGAAGGAGUUGCUGAAAGGGUCUUACAAGGAUAGACACUUCAAUGCAGGAUCCAUACUGCUAGCAUUUGGGGUUCUUGAGUCUGUUGGUGGAGGUGUGAAUACAUGGUUUAGGACAGGAAAGCUCUUCCCAGGCCCCCAUUUGUUUGCCGGAGCAGCCAUUACAGUGCUAUGGGCUGCGGCUGCAGCGCUUGUACCAUCAAUGCAGAAAGGGAGUGAGACUGCAAGGAGCCUUCACAUUGCAUUGAAUGCAAUAAAUGUUACACUUUUUAUUUGGCAAAUCCCCACUGGUAUAGAUAUAGUUUUCAAAGUUUUUGAAUUUACUAAAUGGCCUUGAAGUGCAGACCUUGCAAGACUGACCUCUCUUGCCUGUUAGUAUGUUUAUUUUCUUUGCUUAGGACGUCGUUAUCAUCAACAAUUUCAGUUUUCUUCUCUGCUUCUGUCUUUCUCCGUUGUGUGAUACCAGCAAGUAACUUUGUAAUUAAGCAUAUAAUGCAUUAUGUCAGAGCAAUUAUGAUUCUUGUGCUUUGAUCGGUAACCAAUCAAUUGUGCUUCAUUCCUCAGCCAAUUGCGUUUUAUAUUGAGCUUGGCAUGCAUUUCAAGGAAUCAAUACCAGUAUGCUUAUUUGGUACUUCGGUUCCUUCUAGGCACCUCAUCACGUGGCUCAAAUGCUCAAAUGCACAGAGAAAUAGCACGAGUCUAUAUCGAGAAUUCAUA